AUGAAAUCGUCGCCGGUAACGGCGAGGAAACCCAAAGACAAUCCGGCCGUCAGCACUGCGCCUCUUCCGGCUAAAAGGUUGUCCCAUUUAGCCUUACCUUCGGCCCUUCCUAGGAAAUCCAUUCGCCCGGAAGAAAAGGUGGAAGAAGUGAUGAAACCGAAAGAAGGGGAAACGCCCAUAGCCAUCGAACCCCCGGUAGUCCAGCCGCCAAUCCAGCCGCCAAUCCAGCCGCCAAUCCAGCCGCCAAUCCAGCCGCCAAUACAGCCACUAAUGCAGCCGGAAGAAACAGCUAAAGUUGUCGCCAGUGCCGUUCCAUCAGUCCAACAGCCGAAUGCUGCUGUUUCAACACCGGAAGUCACCGUCUGGACGAAGCGGAGGAGCGUGAAAGUCACCAGUUCCGGCCAGCAGACGACGUUGACCUUUCAGAAAAAGUCAUCCGCCAAUUCCGAUGAGAAUAAGAACCCGAGGCGGAUCGGAGUUGCAUCGUCGACGACACUUUCAGGUACAGUGUCUCAUCCUCCUCCUCCUUUCAUUAAUUAA